CGGCCCGGGGUCUUCCUUCUCUCUGGCUUCCCUUGCAUUGCUGUCAUGGCUGAGCAGCGACAGCGGUGGGGUGACCGUGCGUGUCGGUGUGGAAACGGGUGGGAUGGAGCUGAGAACAAGCUGCAUCCAAGGAAUCUCAUCCCAGAGCUUUGCCAGCAAUUCUACCACUUAGGCUGGGUUACAGGGACUGGUGGAGGGAUAAGUAUGAAGCAUGGCGAUGAGAUCUACAUUGCGCCCUCUGGUGUCCAAAAAGAAAGAAUUCAGCCUGAAGAUAUGUUUGUGUGUGAUAUAGAAGAACGGGAUAUUAGUGGUCCUCCACCACACAAGAAAUUAAAGAAGAGUCAAUGUACUCCACUCUUCAUGAAUGCUUAUAACUUGAGAGGAGCAGGGGCAGUGAUCCAUACUCAUUCCAAAGCUGCUGUUAUGGCCACUCUUCUCUAUCCAGGAAGUGAGUUUAGGAUUACUCAUCAGGAGAUGAUUAAAGGAAUCAAGAAAUGCACCACCGGAGGAUAUUUCAGAUAUGAUGAUCCCUUAGUAGUUCCCAUUGUUGAGAACACACCUGAAGAAAAGGACUUGAAGCAGAGAAUGGCUCAAGCAAUGAAUGAUUAUCCAGAUUCCUGCGCUGUACUGGUCAGACGUCAUGGAGUUUAUGUUUGGGGAGAAACUUGGGAAAAAGCCAAAACAAUGUGUGAGUGUUAUGACUAUCUAUUUGAUAUCGCAGUACAGAUGAAGCAACAUGGCCUUGAUCCUGCUACAGUUCCUAGAGAAGAAAAUGGGAUUAUUUAAUGCUUGACAUUUUGUUCGAAGACGCCUCUAAUAUGUCAGUGCAAUUUAUCAAGGGACUUUUAAGGCUUCAAUGUCUAAACAACUGUUGGCUUUUAAUAAAAUAUAUUCUUCACUGUUUCAGAGCCACUUUGUUACUAAUUACAUGUCAUUUUACCCUGUUUAUGAAAUCUCGAAAGCUUAUCAAGUUUGAGCUUCCACCUCCACACUGAAGUGCAUGGGAUCUCUGAUUGUGAUUCCUGUCAGAACAACUUGUGAUUGUGAUUCCUGUCAGAACAACUGAAAGAAAUUUUGCCUUGGAUCUUCCUUGUGAUUCAUGUUCUAGAAUAUCAUAGGAACCACUUUAUCAAAAUGCGAAGGUCUUGUUUUGUUACAGUUUAAAAAAAUAAAAAGCUGUAUGCUUUAUGAACUGAUAGUCUGGUGCCUGCUAAGAAAGUAUUCUAAUAAUUGUUAAAGUAGAAAGUGUUGGAAGCGUGCCAUAGAGAAAAGCAUCCCAAAACUGUUAAAAAGUGUCAAAGUAAUUAUCUCCUUACUGUCCUCUACAAUGUAAUACAUUCAAAUAAAUUUCCCUACAGAUUA